AGUGAUAAAACAAAAUUAAUGAAGUUUUCUUGUGGAAUACGCUAAACAUUUGAAACCCUCCGAUCAAAUGAUGUCCUCUGCCAUCGAUAUCGAUCCUACCUUCAAGCAUGCCCUUAAGUUGCUCCAUUCGGGUAACUCGGACUCAGCCGAAAAGAUCCGCAACUUGCUGGACGAACUGAUCAAGCAGCGCUAUGGUGGAAACAAAACACUCAAUAGCACACUUAGCAAGAAACAUCUAGCGGAAGAAAGCACAGCUACCGGGAGUAAUCUCUAUGUCCGGAAACAGAAACCGGCUCCGGUAGUAGCUAUUGUGCCUGCUGCUUCGACAGCACAACUCGAUUCCAAACAACAAUCUCCUGCCAAAAGUGAACCGGCAGUGGAAAGUGCUGUUCCAACGCCGGAAUCGUUGACCGUUCCAGCACCAGCCGGAUCAAUCAUCCUAUCUAUAUCGGACGUCGAAGGAAACGACGAGGAUGACGAUGUGGUGAUGGAAGAAGACCAGCUGAAAGAGCUCGAAGAUCUUAUGUGCAUCGUUUGCAAACGGAUGGAUGUGAGUGCCAGAAACCGGCUAGUCGAGUGCGCUGAUUGUCACUCGCUGUAUCACCAAGAAUGUCACAAACCGGUUAUUUCCGAAGCGGAUGCAAACGAUCAGGAAAAUGCAUGGUUCUGCACAUUGUGCAAGGGAAAAUCUGCUAGCAAAUCUUCGUCGUCUUCGACGCCAGCUGUCGGUUCUCCGGCGAAAGUUUCCUCAUCUUCGUCUCACUCAAAAUCAUCGAGCAGCAGCAAGAACUACGAAUCAUCCUCGUCUUCUUCGUCGUCGAAGCACAAGAGUUCAAAAUCCAGUAGCAGCAAGGAAGGGUCUUCUCACGAUCGAGACAGAGAUAGGGAACGGGAUCGAGAUCGUGAUCGAGACCGAGACCGAGAGCGAUCCGAUCGUGAUCGGGAGAAAGAUAAGGAAAAAUCCUCAAAAAGCAGUAGCAGUGGUGGCUCGGGAUCGUCAUCCACCGCAGGGGGGUCAUCUUCGUCAACUAGCGCAGGAGCUGGGACACCGAAUAUUAACAUCAUUAGCGCGGACAAACGGCUGCAGAUGAUGAAGAAGAAGGCCGCGAAAAUGCACGACAGUAAGAGGAAGCACAAAUGAAAGUCCUAAGGUUUUGGUAAGGUAUAUUUUCCGG